GUGUAAGUCCGUUUCCUCGUCCUCGGCGCCAUUCCCGUCAUGCGCAUGCGCCGAACGCGCGCGGAAAUUCAAAAAGUUCUUCGUUGGUUUGAGGGAAACGCGUUGAGGAGCAGAGCAGAGUUACUGCAGUUACCUUCAGAGAGCAGAUUCCGGAUUAUUGCUUUUUCUCGGAGUCUGACAGCCAGAGGAUGGAAAAGCAGACGGAUAAAAAUACAAAGAGACAGAGAGACCCGCUGGAGGAGAACAUCUCCGCUUCUCAUGAGUUGGAUGCAGUGUUAAAGAGAAGACGCCUGGCUGCAGGAGGAGUGGAGAAUCAUAACCCUGAGCAGAGAGCACUGAGGUCUCCGGCCCGAUCACACCGCGCCGAGUCCGAGGUGAAACCGGACACACCUGCCAUCGCCUCGGUCCGACUCCGAGUUCAGCAGCUCACUCAGAGACGAGAUGGUGGGGCUGCACUGGUCCAGCGCUGUAUGUCUGACCCCGGGGCAGAGAGUCCCUCCAGCACUUUACUGCGAGAUGUUUGUCACAUCGGCGAAGGAGAGUUUAGUUCUCGGUUGGAGCGCUUUAAGACCCCGACUCCGGAGCGCAGCCUUUCCCUGGCCACGCCCAGCACACGCCAGCUCUCCAGCUUGAUCCAGAACAAGCAACAGCAGCUCAACACCACCAUGACCCCCAGCACCAAGGAGGCGUCCCGUAUACGCCAGGCUCGAGAGGAUGAGCUGCAGUCCCUCAGGGUGCAGCCUCUUACAGAGAACAUGUGGCUCAAGAGGAGCUUCUCUGACCCUUUCCUGGCUGAGAGGGUUACGCCUUCAAGCAGCUCACGGACCAGAAAUAUUCCUUGGCCUCCGUUACAGUUUGAGAACGACGACUCCAGCAUCGAUUUUAAAGAAUCCGAAUGCAGUUUGAGCUUCAGUGGAGUGAAUGAGACGAUGGGGGAGAGUUUCACUGCGGAGACACAGCCAACUGCUACAGCACCUAGUCCUCCAGAGUUGGUGGUGCAUCCUCAGGAGGAAAUGAACACUUCUGCUUUAAUCGACAAGAUGUUUGAAGAUGUCCUGCAAGCCGCAGACAGAGAAGAGGAGGAAGAGCAAGAGGAGGAAGAGCAAGAGGAGGAAGAGCAAGGGAAGGACAGCAGUGUUUCUGAGAGUAGAGAGGAAGGUGAUGUGGAGACUGCUGAAACCGAGCUGAAGGUGAGAUCUCCGAGUCCUACCUGUGGAGGAGAUGAAGUGUGCAACAGCGAACAGAAAGAGUGUGAGAACUCGGAUGAAGACGAGGAAGUAGAUGGAGUGAGGAAGGAGAGCACAGUGUGUCAUGAGGAAGACUUCCUGUCUCUUCCUCCGAGCUGCAUCCUCUCUCCUCUCAGCAAGUCUGUGGAAGCCGUUGUCACACCCAUGAGGUUGAUCACUGCGCCUCCCCCCAUGGUGCUGUGUGAUCCUGCAGAGGAAGUGGCCACGCCCCCUGCUCCACCUCUCUACAGUAUCGAUGUGUACCGCUCUCAGAGAAAGAAUCCUCCUCCAUCCUCUCAGAGUGUAACUCCUGGAGUUCAGAAACAGUGUGCUGAGAAAUCGUGCAUCAAACCAGCCAUCAACACCAAGGACACUAUAAAGGCUCUCAGUGACGAGGCAUCUAAGCUGCAGAAUGUGGUGAACCAGACUCUACAGGCCCUGAGCUGCUGCAGUGAUGAAGAACAUGGUAAAGGAUCUCUGCAGGAAGCAGAAGCUGAGAAACUCCUGCUUGUUUCCAGUGAGAAGCACGCGGCUCUGCUGGCUGAGAUCAAUCGCCUGAGAGAACGAGGAGCAGGACGAGAGCCGGACUCCAAACCAGAUCAUCUGCAGCCCUGUAGAGGAACCGUCAGCAUCAACAACAUCCAGCUGCCCCUCAAGGUGGAAUUUGUGUGCUCCGCCCGCACAGCUCGUCCUACUCACUACUUCUUCAUUCUGAUCCGUUACGGAGCGUAUAACAUCGUGGCUACUCCACUGGCUACUGCUGCUGAUGCUGAUAAAGGAGACACCAUCACCUUCCCCACCUCCAUCACACUGCAGGACAUUCGCUCUAACUUUGAGAUUGAUGUAGAAGUCUACAGCCUGUGCAACAGUGCAGCUAACAACAGCAGCGCUAACGUUCAGCAGCAGCGCAGCUCUACUAGAUCAAAAGCAACACCAAGGAAGCUACUCAGCAGCAUUAAGAAAUCCACCCCAUGUUCCACUUCUGGAGCUUCAUCUGCUCUGGAUCCUCGGCGCUCCAGUAACUUCUCUUUAGUCGGAUCUCAUAAGAUCACCCUGUCCUCUUUGGGGCAGAGCAAGUUCCUGCUGGAUAAGAUGAAGUUUGAGGGCAAAAUCAGGCGACUCCUGGGAGAUGAGUUUCAGGAAAAGGUGCCCUUCCUGUCCCCCCUGGACGGUCACAUCUACCUGCGGCUGCACAAUGAGAGUCACUCCAAUGUACAGCACCAAGGAUUCCUGACCAUGUUUGAGGAUGUGAGUGGAUUCGGAGCUUGGCAGCGUCUCUUCUUUAAGCUAGAAGGAGGAAUUCUCUAUUAUUGGAACCACCCCAAUGAGAUGGGCAGCAAGCCAGCAGAGGGCAGCGUUUCCCUCUCUGGCUUUGACAGUGUGAAGGCGGUGGAGAGGGACUCAUGUGCUCGGCCUCACACCUUUGAACUGGUGAACUCUAGGACCCUGCAGCAAGACCACACCUUGAUCAAGAGCUGGUUCUCUGCAGACACUCGUGAGGAACGAGCAGACUGGAUGGAGAAGCUGAGCCAGGUGCUGCUGGACCUGCAGACAUGGAGCCGGCGAGGUGCUGAGGAAGAGAGUGAUGGAGCGAGCACUAUGUCUAUCACGGCAACUUCACGUGAAAGCUUCCUUUAACACGUUACUGAUACACGUCAUACACCUCAUACACCUUAGGAAGCAAGCAUGAAGGUUAAAACACCGGAGUCUGAUGGACUGAGCACAGUUUAAAGUGUGUGUGUGUGUGUGUGUGUGUGUGUGUGUGUGUGUGUGAGUGAGAUUAUACAUUUUAAACAUUAGUGUAACAGUAAUAUCACACUAAUUAAUACAACACUCUCAGUGCAAAUACAUACAUUUAUCUGUCUCUCUCUCUCGUCUCUCUCUCUUAUGUCUCUCUCUCAUGUCUCUCUCUCUCUCGUCUGUCUCUCUCUUAUCCCUCUCUCAUAUCCCUCUCUCUCGUCUCUCUCUCUU